AUGGCGAUCAGUAAACUCCAACGAACCAUCACUUCGAGAGCUUCUUUCGAUCAAUAUCCUGCUGUUGAAUUCGCACCGCCAAAAAGAUCCAAGACUUCUUGGGGUAGAAUAUCUGGAAACGACGCAAAGAGUCUCCCGGACGUUCAUAGUGAGCACUACGUGCCACAGGAUCUGAGGACUAGGACCUAUAAGGAACACGUCGAGACAAUCAUUAUGCAGGCCCAUCAUGUUCAGGAGCUUCCAAGAGAAGAGACCACGAGAGAUGGAAAGGGCACUGGGUUCCCCGAGCCAUUGAGUGAACAUACCAACACAACUCUAAGACAUCCCGAUGCCGAUACUUCAGAAAAUGCAACGAUCGAGGGAGCAAGCCUGAAACGCAUGAACUCGAAAACCAAACAUCGAUCGUUCCUCGGCAGAGGCAAUUCACGAAACAAAGCUAUUCAUGGCCGAUUGAGUCCUGAGGAGUCUGGUCUUUACGACAAUAUCCAAUACGAAGACGGCACAACCGAGCAGAAGAGCCUGAAGGAAAUCAGCCGGGAGGCAUCUAAGAGGGACAGUGGUGUACACACUGGUGCCAGUCAGGAAUCGUUGGGCAAAGUGAGCUCCAACAGCGAUGCGCAUUCGGAAAAAUCGCAGAGCUCGUCGAGCAAGAAAAGAAGUAUCCUCAGAAAGCUUCAUCUGGAGAAGUAA